CCUUCUCCUCUUCCUCUCCUCGCCUUCCCUCCUCUCCUCUCCCCGAGCUGCUGCCACACUUGGUUCAUUCCAGCUGCAGAAGCUCACAGCCUUUCCAUGCGCCGAGCUGAGGACUAUCCCAAUCGCCGAGAGGAAGGAAAAAAAAGGGGAAAAACCCACCAGCGGCAAGCAGCAGAGCCCCAGCACUCCCCAUCGCUGCUGCUGCCCUUUGACAUGCACGCUGCCUUGGGAUGGGAGCAGCCGGGAUGCAGCUGCAGCUUCGGGAGGCACUGCUGGAAAUUGGGGCUCGUGGCUCUGAUGAGGGCGGAGGGCAGCGCCUGGAGCCGGGCGCUGCUGCUGGCGCUGGGGCUGCUGGCUGGAUCGGCCGUGGCCCAGAACUGCAGCCACACAUUGCAGGGCCCAAACGGGACAAUACAGAGCCCAGGCUUUCCCUAUGGAUACCCCAAUUAUGCAAACUGCACGUGGACAAUCACUGCUGAGGAGCAGAACAGGAUACAGCUUGUUUUCCAGUCCUUUGCACUAGAGGAAGAUUUUGAUGUUUUAUCCAUCUACGAUGGGCUGCCUGAGCAGGGGAAUCUGAGAACGAGGCUGACAGGGUUCCAGCUGCCUGCCCCCAUCGUCAGCACCGGCCUGGUGCUGUCCCUGUGGCUGGUCAGUGACUACGCCGUGAGCGCCCAGGGCUUCCAGGCCAGCUACGAGGCCCUGCCCAGCCACACGUGCGGGAACCCGGGGCGGCUGCAGAACGGGGUGCAGCAAGGAACCACCUUCAACAUCGGGGACAGGGUCAGGUACAGCUGCAACCCCGGCUUCUUCCUGGAGGGCCACGCCCUGCUCACCUGCCAGGCCAGCUCGGGCCAUGGAGCCUCCUGGGAUUUCCCUCUCCCCGUCUGCCGAGCUGACGACGCCUGUGGAGGGACCCUGCGGGGCCAGAGCGGGAUCAUCUCCAGCCCUCACUUCCCCCUGGAGUAUGGCAACAAUGCAGACUGCACCUGGACCAUCCUGGCCGAGCCUGGGGACACCAUUGCUCUGGUUUUCAUGGAUUUCCAGCUGGAGGAUGGAUACGAUGUCCUGGAAGUCGCUGGCACGGAGGGAUCCUCGCUCUGGUAG